AUGCCUCAUCAUGCUGUAGUACGCGAACCAAAGGAACGUACGAAAGUUAGGAUUGUGUAUGAUGCGUCGUCCAGAGAUAGAGAUAGACAGUCACUCAAUGAUUGUUUAGAUAGUGGUCCCAAUCUUAAUCUAGAUUUGCUCAGGAUUAUUUUAAGAUUUCGUUAUCACCCAAUUGCUUUUAGUGCUGAUAUUCAGAGAGCAUUUUUAGAGAUUGGCAUAGUAGAGAAGGAUCGAAAGUUUUUGCAGUUUUUAUGGAAAAAUGAGGGGGGAACCAAAUUUGAUUUCAAUGGUCAUGAUAUCAGAAUUUUACAAAUGACAUGUGUUCCUUCUGGUGUGAAAUGCAGUCUUUUUAUUUUGACAGGAGCUAUACGACUUCAUUUAAAGAAAUAUAAAAAAUCACACAGUGAAGCAUAUUCUAUUUUGAAAGAACUUUAUGUUGAUGACUUAAUAAUUGGGGCAUCAACUGUUGAAGAAGCGGUAUCUCUUGCAAGAGAUUAA